UGUCCGAGGUGCAGACGCCGGGAACGGCAUCCGAGUGUUCAUCCCAGACAUCGGCAUGUUCGUGCUGGGUCUGGUCACGUGGCUCCUGUGCCGCAGUCUGGAGAAUGUGUCUCAGCACAACAGCGACUUUGAGCUGGACGAUCAGGAAAAGGAGGAUGAGGAAGAAGACAAGAAAAGUGAGAAACUGGAGCUUGAGGAUGAGCUGCUGUUCGAAGACUUCGAGCUGGGCGAUGAAGACUGUGAACUUCCUGAGGAAGAGGAAGUGGAUGUAGAGGAUGGAGAACUUGAGGAGGCCGACGUCGAAGAAAGUACCAAAAUGAAGAUCCUGCGGCAAAUAGCAGACGUGGCGUCCAAACUCAAAGAAAUCGUUGGCAAUCUGAUUACCACUGCAGGAAAAGUAGUCGUAACCAUAUUAUUGGGCCUCACAGGUUUCUUUGAUCCAUAA